GAUUGUACUAGUUUCACAGUUAGGUACGUACAGUACGUACGUACGUAAUGGCAGGGUUGAGCCAUGUAUGCGUAAUGAAGAAGAACUAGUACGUAGUACGAGUACCGUAGAACAUUCCUGCCGGUAGUGAUCAAAAUUAAAUUCAACGAUCUUCAACAAAUCAGCUUUCGGUCUGCUCUCGACAUAGUCGGUUUGAGAUUGGAAACUACUACUAACAAAUAAAAUACAUCCUCUAGAUUUGACGACACCUCAUUUACGUCAUUAUUCGAAGGACCACACAAGCAGGAAGCGCUGAAGAUGAUGAAAACAAAACUUUCGACCCUGUUGGUCUUGCAGCUGGUGUUUGCGCACGCAACAACACCGACGUGGGCCUUUUCUCCCCAGCUCGAACAGAGGCGCGCAUCGCCGUCGGCAGUGUUCGCUAGCACCGAGGAUGUCGAAGAGRUGUUCUGUGGACCGUUGGUUUCCUCGAGAAGAAACUGGUUCCACGGCAUCAUGGUGACCGCUGCUAGCAGCAYACUGGUCUCGUUGCCGGUAUCCGCAGAAGAUGCCGUUGUUGCGGCGUCGGAAGCGCCGACGCCCCUCGCGAUGAAGGAGUUCGUCGACCCCGCGGGCUUGUUUUCGUUGAGGGUUCCCCAGGGAUUCUACACGCUGCGACGGACGCAAAAGGGAGACCUUCCGGACGCAAAGACGGGCAAGGGAAGACGUGGGAGCAGCAUCUUUACGGCGGGAAACAUGGCCAAGGCCGAGGUGAUCGCCGUCGAGCGAUUCCCAAGCAGGGUGCUCCUGGAAGAAAACGGGAUCGAGGCAACCGGUGACCUGAGUACCUUUCCCGGCAUUGGGGACCCCAAAGCGGUCGCUGCGCUCAUCAUUGUGAGGCGAGAAAAGGACAACCAGACCCAGGGCACGAAAACCCUGGAUUCGGUCGAACUGACGCCGGAUGGCAAAACCCUCACCUUUCGGCUCAAGACCGAGAUAGACGUCCAGAAGCCCGAGCUGCUCCUGGAGCAAACGGGUCUCUCUAGGCUCUUUCGGAUUACGGUGGCCAAGGCGACCCUGGACUCCAACGAUGGAAACAUAAUGGCGGUCUUUGCGUCUGGGCUGGAGCAGGACUAUACGAAUGGCGUAGACGGCCCGGCUUUGGAAGACAGCGUCAACUCCUUUCAAGUGACAAACCAAUCCCAAUCGUAAAUUACCACAGYUACUCUAAAGCUUCUCUGUAKAUGACUAGUUSUUUCGGAAGCAAAAACCAAAACCGAAAUCCAAACAAAUUCUCGUUCUAGAAAUUAAGCGUUUUGUGUACU